GGCGGAGCCCGCGGCGCUGAUGUCAGGCGAGGAGGAGCCUGCGGCCGCCGGACUGCCCGGCCGGGAGGCGCCCCUGCCCGGGGCCAUGGCAGCCCGCUGAGCGCCGCCAGCACCAUGCCCGGGCUGCUGCUCCUGCUGCUGCUCCUCCUGCCGCCGCCGCUGCUGCUGCUGCUGGAGGCGGCGGCCCCGCGGCCGGAGCGCGUCAUUGGAAGUGGCCAUCGGACAAUUCGAAGUUCCGAUGCUGAAAUAAGGACAUCUAGUUCUCCCGUGGCCAACAUGGACAAUCUGACCACAUUGGGCUCGAGUGUUGAGAGGACUUUGCUAUCUGUCACAAACAGCACAGUGCCCGCAGCUACAACAGAAAGCGUCAUCUCUGACACUGAAAAAAUCAGCUCUGUGCAUCUGACGGAGCACUUCUCAGUAGACCAGAACAGAAGUAGUAAUAUUUCUUCAAGUGACGUGGAUACCACUGAGCUUGGAGUUGUGCCUGUGGUUACACGUUCUUCCAAGACGCCAACGGACUCAUCUGCCCAAAGUGAACAUGCAGACACUGGAAGUCACCACCAGACCCUGAGCACCUGGCACGCUGAGAAAAGGACUUCUAGCUCUCAUACUGAGAGCACGUAUACUUCAGUUGCAUUCAGCACAGGUGAAGACAGGACAUUACAGUUGCUGACAAAUAGCAGUGUUUCAGUUGAUAUGCUACCAGGUUCUGGUUUUCACACAGAAAUCCCAGUGUCUUCAGAUCUUACCCACCGUUCCUCUUCGGUAUCACAGGCUGGAGCGUCAGAUACCCCUGAUUUCUCAACAGGGUCUUUGCUUACGCAACCCUCUUCGAAAACUCGUCUUCCAGCUGCUGGAGGUCAAAAGCAGCCAGCCAGCCUCUCAGAUACAGAGGGAAAGAUUGCCAGUUCUCACGGUGACAUUGCAUACGUCGCAACUCCAUCCCCGCGGGGUCUCCACGAGAGGACGUUACGAUCAUUAACAGACGCCGGCAGCUCCACCUCUAGUGCUGAAAUAUCGAGCUCUUCAGACAGAACCGAGUCCUCGUCUAUAAAGUCUGUCCUGCAGAUUGGUAGAAAUAAUAGCUCAUGGGAUGCCAGGGGUUUUACAGCGAAUUCAACCGACCCUUUGCAUAACGGUUCGCACACUGCUACAGAAAGUGUUUCUGCUGCUAGUGGAAGCGGCCACCGAGCAGUCCGAACGUCAGCAGCAGAAGAAAGGGUUCCUGAUUCUGGUGUCACCGGUGCAUUUGUCUCAGCAGCAUCCCCCAGAACAGAGGCGAGGAUGUUUCCGUCUCCAACGAGCAGCAACCAGCCUUCUCAAUUAACACGCAGCUCCAGCUCUAGUGCUCAAAUGCGCAGCGUGUCAGAUGUAAUCCAGUCCUCGUCUGCGUCUCCUAUAGCAGGAACUGCUGGAAUAAAUAUUUCACCGGAUGCCACAAAUUUCAGCGAGCCCUCAACAGAUCCUUCGCUUAUGGAUUUUCACUCUUCUUCAGAAAGCGCAUCCACAGCCAACAGAAGCAGCCACAAACCAUCUAGCAUGUCUGCACUGGAAAAUAGGAGGACUUCCGACUAUGAUACCACUAGUACGUACCUUUCUACAGCAUUCACCGGCACUGGAGAAAGGACAUUGCGAUCUCUCCUGCACAGCAGCAAGCCUUUGUUUGCAACAGAGAGCUCCACCUCUAGUGCUGAAAUGUCCAGCGCUUCAGAUGUAAUCCAGCCUUCAUCUGUAUCUGCUACAGAUGAGACCCAGGGAUUUAACAUCUCCUCUCAGGCCCCAGGUUUCGUAGAGCGAUCAACAGAUUCCCAUCCUCUGUCAGAAAGGGCUUCUCCAGAAAGUGAAAGCAGCCAGCAACCAACUAACAUUUCAGUGGUGGAGCAAAGGACUUCUGAUCCUCAUGCCACCAGCAUGGUUAUUUCCACAGCAUUCACCAGAGCUGGGGAGAAGACAUUGCAAUCUCUAACAAACAGCAGCCUUUCCCCCGAUGCAGCACAAAGCUCCGCUUCCAGCACUGACAUACCCAGCUCUGCAGAUGCCACUCAGACCUCCUCUAUAUCUGCUAGAGCAGAGACUGAUGAAGGAAAAGUCACAUUGGGAGUCAUGGAUUUCACUGCGUCCUCAGCAGAUCCCAUGCCGACGCGCUUUCGCCCUGAUUCACAAGGUGCUUCUGCAGCCACUGGAAGCAGCCAUCAAUUAAUUAACAUCUCAAGUACAGAGAAAAAGUCUCCUGGGUCUCAUAUCACUAGCACAUACAUUUCAGCAGCCUCCACAGAUGGCGGAGAUAGGAUGUUACGAUCUGUAACAGAGACCAACAGAUCUGAUGCAACACGAAGCUCCCCCUUCGGUGCUGAAUUAUCCAGCGCUGCAGAUGUGAGCCAGUCCUCAUCUAUGUCUUCUACAGCCCAGACUACAGGAAUGAAGAAUGCCUCAUUCAAUGCUACAGAUCUCCCCCUGCUUACAGAUUUCAGCCUUGCUUCAGAAAAUGUUUCCACAGUCUUUGGAAGCAGCCACCAGCCAGUUAGUAUUUCAGAUACAGAAACAAGGACUUCUGAUUCUCCUAUCACCAGGUCAGCAGCAAUCACAAGAGAUGUGGAUUGGAGUUUGUCUCUAACAAACACCAGCAUGUCUUCUGAUGCAAGAGGAAGCUUUGUGCCUAGUACUGAAAUGUUAGGCUCUUCAGAGCGGACGCAGGCUUUAUCUAUAUCUUCUGUAACGCAGGCCCAUGAAACUAAUAGUCCGUUACGUGCCACAGAUUUCACAGACCUUUCAUUGGAUCCUUUGCUUACACAUUCCCUCUCCACUCCAGAAAAUACUUCAAGAGCCUCUGGAAGCAGCCAUCAAUCAAUUAGUGUCUCGACUACUGAAGAAGGCACUUCUGGAGCUUCCACCACCAGUUUUUACAUUUCAACGACCUCCAACAGAAGUGAAGAAACAUUAAGGCCUCUAACCAACAGGAGCACUUUGACUGAUACAAUGGAAAGUCCCAGUUCUACUUCAACAAAUACUGUCUUGACAGAUCUAAGCCUGUCUUCAUCUUCCUUAGCACAGUCUAAGGGAAGCAGUGUCCCGUCAGGGGAGGAGGACUUCACCCAACUUUCAACCAAGACUUUGCUCACACAUCCUUCCAAGAUCCCGAGUUAUUCAUCUUCAUCAGCUAAUCUUUCAGUUUCAGAUGGAGGGAGAAAGAUUUCCAGUUCUCCUACGGAGAGUACAUACAUUUCAACCACAUUCAGCAGAGGUGUGGAAAGGACACCCCAGUCUGGAACGAACAGCAGCAUAGCCACGGAGACAACAGAGACUUCUGCUACUGAUACGGAUACGGCCAAGUAUUCAGAUUCAACCCGAUUCUCACCUUCAGAAGUGCAGACUGAAGGAAGGAAUUCUUCAUCAAGGGAUGAUGCGCGUCUCACUGAGCCUUCAACUAAGUCUUUGCGGCCAUAUUUUUCCAAGGCCUCAACUUAUUCCUCUGAAACUGAGGAUCCCUCCACGACUGGAAGAAGCCAUCAGUCACUUGGCAGCUCAAGUACAGAAGAAAGGAUUUCCCAUCCUUAUACUGACAGCACGUAUGCUUCUGCUACAUUAACCAAAAGUGAAGAAAGGACAUCACAGCCUCUUACAAAUAGCACAUCUACCCAUACAACAGAGCGCCCCACUUCCUAUACAAAAACUGCCAAUUCUUCAGAAUUAUUCCAGUCGUUUUCAGAGGUACAGACCAAAGAGAUGAAUGUUUCAGCAGAUGACAUGGGUUUAACUGGACUUUCCACUGAGACCUUGUUUACACAUUCUUCCAAGAUACCGACUUAUUCUUCUUUCCAGAACGAUGCUUCAAGUAUUGCAAGUAGCCAUCAGCCAAUCAGUGGCACUGACACAGAAAAACGGACCUCCGCUUCUCGAACGGACAGCAUGUACAUUUCAACCACGUUCAGCAGAGGCGGGGAAAGGACGUUACUAUCUAUAGCAAGUAACAGCACUUCUACGGACUCGUCAGAAAGUUCCACUUUCUUUACAGAAUCUUCCAACUCUUCCAGCAUAUCCCAGGCCUCAUCGGUGUCACAGAGUAGAGAAAAUAAUGUAUCAUCAAGUGAUGGGACCAUCACGGAGCCCUCUACAGAACCUUUACUCGUUUAUUCUUCUAAAAUUCCAACUUACUCUUCAACAGGCAGGAUACAAAAUACAACCCUGUCUUAUACUGGCUCUGAAUCAUCACCAACUGGCAGCUCAUCGUUAUCUUCAUCCGGGUUUCAAUCUUCUGCCUCGGUGUCUUCAUUCUAUCAAUCACCGUCAUCAACACCAGCACCCCCUCCUUUGUUCACAACAUCACAUUCAUCUCUACCGCCGACUUGGUCAGUCUUGCCAUCAACAUCGCCACCGCCUCCCCCUUCAUCAUCUUUACCUACUUCCUCACCAGUCACAGCAUCACCAUCAAUAUCAUUCUCGUCACCUUCGUUCUCUUCACAAUCUUCAUCAGUACACUCCAAUGACAGCUCUCAAACCAGUGCGUCCGUGGUUACAACAGAAGUGACAGACGGGAGGGAGCCAUCCACGGCUGUGUUUUCUGGGAGUUUGCCCGGAGAAUACAACAAUCACAGUAAAACAUACCCGUUGAAGGAAAGCACUGGCUUCAGCUCGACAGAAUCGCCUCCCUUUUCAACUACACCCACGGAGCACCUUGCUAACCAUUCAUCAUUCAUGCCAACUUCCUCGCUUAUGACAGAGAGCACCGCGGGGGCAGCCUCCGUUGCCACAGGGGACAGUUUUGAAAAGACACCUUUGGGUUUGACAACCGUGAGUCUGAGCGUGGGUACGGAAGUGACAAAUGAAUCAACCACUACCUUGCCAAGUCCAACAAGUCGGAAGGAAGACGUCCCCGUCGUGGAAUUAACAACAGAGAAAUCCAGCACUGUGACAGCACGUACAACUCUUGGGCCGACUGCGGGUCAUUCGGCUACUACAGAAGUCCAGACAGUUCAAACUGGCGCACCCACAAAGUUGGCCUCUGUCACUGGAAUAACUACAGAAGCGAUGGAAGUUAGCACCACAGCUAGUAUUAAACUCACCAAAGAAAGUAUCCCGGCUACUCAUUUUUCCGAAACAACUUCCAUUAGCAAAACCACUACUGGGUUUCCUAGUACUUUGACAGCUGCUACCAAGCCAACUACUGUUGUUUCAACUACCACGACAGUGACAUCUUCUCAUACAACAGAUGUGGACGAAUGUCUUUCCAACCCAUGCCCUGCCAUGGCCACAUGCAACAACACCCAGGGCUCCUUUGUCUGCAAAUGUCCUCUUGGGUACCAGCUUGAGAAAGGAAAAUGCAAUUUAGUAAGAACAUUUGUUGGUCAAGGUUCUCUGAAACUCAACACUACUCAUGGGAAGUAUUCUGAUGUCAGUCAAAUCCAGGAUGAAAUCACAACAAUGCUGGACGUGUCUCUCUCAACGCUGCCUGGCUAUCACCACUCCAUCGUUAAAGCUGUAAGGGAGUCAAAUUCUGUCCGUGUUUCAGUCCAAACCACCUUCUCGUUAGCCUCCAAUGUGACGCUCAAGGACAUUCGUACCAAUUUACAAAACUAUGCCAGAGCUUGCAAAUCCACUCCUGAAACCUGCCAUUUCAUCUCAAGCCUUAUGCAGCUGCACACAGCUGGCGGUUUAUGUGAACAGAAAGACCCUGAAUGCGACAAAGAAACUUCCGAAUGCACAGAUGUCGAUGGCAUUGCAGUCUGUAAGUGCAGAAACGGAUACUUUAAAUACAACAAGAAGGAUCAUUCCUGCAGAGCUUGCGAAGAUGGGUUCAAGCUAGAGAACGAGACCUGCGUAAGCUGCCCAUUUGGCUUGGGGGGAUUCAACUGUGGAAACCCAUAUCAGCUAAUCACUGUGGUAAUUGCGGCUGCUGGUGGUGGACUUCUGCUCAUUCUGGGAAUAGCGCUGAUAAUCACUUGCUGUAGAAAGAAUAAAAAUGACAUAAGCAAACUCAUCUUCAAGAGUGGGGAUUUCCAAAUGUCACCAUACGCUGAGUACCCCAAGAACCCCCGAGGACCAGAGUGGGGAAGAGAGACAAUAGAAAUGCAAGAGAAUGGAAGCACAAAGAACCUGUUGCAGAUGACAGACGUCUAUUAUUCGCCAACUAAUCUAAGAAAUCCUGAACUGGAAAGAAAUGGACUUUAUCCUCCCUACACUGGUUUGCCAGGAUCCCGACAUUCAUGCAUCUACCCCGGUCAAUAUAAUCCUUCCUUUAUUAGUGAUGAAACCAGAAGAAGAGACUAUUUUUAAUCAGAGUGAGUGGGAGUGGAAGGUCAUCGUAGUUACGUGCCGUGUGUUCACCAGGUACAUGCUGUCACCUGGCAGCUCACUUGAUGCCAGUUUUAGUCUUCACUUUUACCCGCACGGAGGACUUCAGUCUCUAGACAACACAGAGCAGAGCUGCCUUGGGAGAACCCAUUCACAGCUGUGGUGGAGAAGCGAGGAGAAGAAGGAGCCCACAUGCAGAGCGAUAUAAGACACAAGUAGAAGUUCAUGGAAGUUAACCCGUACUCCAGUUUUUUCUUUCACCUCUUAACUUACAUCACGCGCAUGUGGUAGUAGAUCAGUACAGACAGACUAACUGAUGAUGGCACCCUAAAGCUAAAACCACUAGGGAGUGUUUUGUUUACAGGUAUAGUGAAUUGUUGGUCUGACUACUGUUUUUCCUUAUGGCCAACCUAUAUGCAAAGAUACACACUGUGCGAUUGUUCUGGGUUGGAGAUUCGUGUUCACUGCAAACUCUCGUCUUCUUUUCUGUGCCCUGUUCUGCUUCCUGCACUGGAUUGCCCACAAAUUACCAUUUUCUUAUUGGAAAGUAUCAGUCUCUCAAAAUGCCUGCUCAGCUGAGCCCUGCCUCUGGCCAUGCUAGCUGAAUUCAUAAGCUGGCUUUUGUGAAGACAUACAGGGAGCUUAGCCAUACCUCCUCUGUUUGAAUGGGAAGCAAAGUUGGAGCUAACUCCCAGAAUGGAUUUUAAAAAUCUUCUUUGUGUUCAGAAAACUCUCAAUGUGGCAGUGUUUUGUCCACCAAUUUACAGUGUUGUUCAAAAAGUGUGGUAUUCGACCGUAAAUAGUCACCAUAGCAGGCCCCAGCAGGACCUUACCUAGGGCUGUAUCCCAGCCGGGAUUUCAGUGCACUUCAACAAGAGCGAGAUCAGGUAUUUCUUAAUGGAAUUUUUUAUAGGAAGGUAUGUAGGAAGCAGUUCUCAUUGCUGUGAAAAGAUGAACAUGUUGCUAAAGAUCUGUAAGUGGAAAGUGGUUAAGUGUUAUAGCAUUUAUGGGACAGAGAUGAUGUCAACUUUGGGCGGUGCAUAAGAGGGAGUGGACCCAAUGCCUGCCGUUGAUUUUGGUGGUAGCUAUAGGAAUGCUUUGCAAAACUGGAGGUCAGGUUUGGUGUAACCAGUGACACGCGCUGUGAGAAAAGCACAAGAUCAUAAGUAAUGAAGGGUAAAGGAUUCUAGACUGACUUCUUCCAUCAGCCCCAAUAAUGGGUGAUUCAGAGUGAAGGAUCAUUCACCACCCCUUCGUUUCAUUCGUGGUCAUUUACCACCCGUUUACCACGGAGCUAACUGGACAUUUUUUUUAAAAAGGUUGCAAUUUUUUUUCAAAUUUUUCACCAAAAAAGUUUUCCCCUGUUCUGUUAAGUUGGUCAUUGUUUUUGAGAAAAUCAAAAUGUCAGCAUUUUCAACAUUUAAAAAAAAUGCUGUUCUCAAUCAAGUGGGUCUAAUGUCAAAAUAGUUUCUCAGUGCUGUUUUACAGUUGUUUUCUCCUGUUCUAGUUUGUGCUGCACUGUGGUUUUCCCGAAUGCUUUUCAUUUUUUGAGAUGCUGUGCUGGGCUCCGUAACUCUAUUGAUCAUUUUGAAAGAAGCUCAAAGCUGAUAAUUUAUUACAUCCUUCAGCAUGGGUCUGAGCCAAAGGUCCCUGACUGCACAGGUAGAUGCUUAGAGCAGUUCAUGUUAAUCAAGUACAGCAAUGGCUUGUCUUCACUGCCAGUUCACACAAGUUGUAAGCUGAAUGUUGCUCCUAUUAUGAUUAUCAGUCGCACACAAAAAACCCUUAAUUACAAUGUAAUCAUUCCGCUCUGCAGGCUAAAGCUUAUGUCAGUCCAGCCCCUUAGCUGCUAUUGCCUUUCUGAAGCACAGAUGAGCUCUGCUUAAGUGCUGCUGCUUCUCCAAUGUCUUCCCACAAUUUUUCCUGCCUGUGCCCAGAGAAGAUAGGCAGCUUCUCUCUUAGUACACUGCAGAUGUGAGCGCAGCAGUUGUGUGCGUGUUGCAACCCGAAUGCCCUUUUGUGGCACAGCUGCCCUCACUCAAGCUUGGCUACUUCAAGAGGCACCAGUGAAGAUAAUGCAAGUGAACUCUGCCAUGAAGACAUGUCCUGAGUCACAGGUCAGGAGAGGAGCCGUUUACCAUAGAGAUGCUGAACCCCCGACCCCUUUGCACUGGGUGGUGGUAGACUUCUGACCUCUGUUACUGCUUGCUCCCGCGAUGUAGGCAAGGCAUAACAGGUGUAUGCAUCCAAGGAGGAAGGGUCUCAUUUAUGGCAUGCAAGUCUAACGUGAGCUAAUGAGCAGAAGUAGUAGUGUGGCCACACCACCAUGCUCUUGCUUCUUUGGGGUCAGGCUCCCCUACCCUUCUUGUCCUGCUUAAACGCCACCAAACUUCACGGCUGCCUUGGGCAGGGUCCAGCCUGCAGAAGGUAAUGUUUAGCAUAUCUCAAGCAGGGGCCUAUUUGCCGAUCCACACAAGAAUCUGAUCCUACAGGGUGCUGUGCAGUUAGCAAUUAAGGUGUCUCUGAGUAGGAUUUAGCAGGACUCCCUCUGUCAGUAAGGGUUGCAGGAUCCCUGCUUUAACUAGUUGAAAAAUCACAGGGAAAUCUUACACUAUUUUUCCUUGUAGUGGCUUGGAUGCUUUUCUUAGCUUUGGAAUGGGAAAUGUGAUCUGAUCGUUCCUGAUUUGGGUUAUCUCACACUCCUGAUAGUUAGCUCUUCUGUUUCAUUUCUUUGCUGUUUUUAAACACGUCUUUGGAUGCAUUUUUAACCUGUUAGCUGGGAUGUUUUAGGAUGUUAGCCAGGAAUUACUGAGCAGUCUUGUUAGAGUCAGCAUAGUUACCCACAUUGCAGGGUUGCAAGACUAAGCCUUUUCCAAAAGAGAGCUCUUAUUUUUAUUAUGGUAAAUCCUUGUGUCUAGCAUCGAAGGAAGAGCAUGGACGAUCUUUGAUGUUAUGUCGGAAUUAAUCCUUCAUGGGCUCCAUUUGCUUUCAGACUGGUGCCCAAAUGGACCCAGGACCUCAUGAAGCAAAUACAGUGGGGUUUUUUUAUAUACGAUCUUGACGAUAAAUUGAACUUUGGGAGGAUUUAUAGCAGUCCAUCCUUUGUCUUGAAAUUCUUCAUGAUGUCGUGCUGCCAACAAACUGCCACCUAUUCCAGUCCACUUCUCAGCUGGAUCUACUGAUUUCUUCCCCGCUAUAAAAAUACUGGUUAGGCGGAGAAUGUAGUUUUCCAAAUUCCACCAAAUUCCCAUUGAUCUGAACUCUGCUAGCGUGCCGAAUGGUGGCUGGGGACAUGGCACCCCAGUGAGACGGUUACGGUCCUGAUUGUCAUUGCAGGGGUGUGAUGCGCUUCCACCUGGCUCUCUUCAACUAAACACAAAUCCCUGAUCUAGUUCUGACCUUGAUAUCUAUUUCUAUCUACUUGUCACCUUUGUACACAAGUACCAUAUGGCAGUAGCAUGUGAUGUGCUAUGCCUGCGUAGAGAUGAGGAAGAGUCAAAGAGGACUCAUUCUUCCCCAAUGCCAUUUUCAUUCUUUGGUGCUUUCUGUUACAUACCUAAAGAAAAGCGGUCUCAUUUUCAGAGGGUUUAGGAUCUACAUUUUAGGAUCCCAGAACUGCAAUUUUGGCUCCGCUCCCAUGUGUCACGGUCACUGUUUUCCUGGGCGAGGAGGAUUAGAUAGAAAGGAGCGUGAAAGACGUCUGUGGUCUGAGAUAAGCUAGGACAGGCUACAUGCCGUUCACCUGAGGUGUGGUUCCUUCUCCCCAGAGGUGCACCAACCAGAAAUGAAGAGUUUUGCAGAUCUACAGCAAAGUCAAAGUGUGUGUGCAUUGUCCCGAGUGCCUCAACAGCCAGGGAGCGAGCGAGGCAGCCAAUAUUCAGCCCAGCUGCUGGGGGUGUUCAAGACACACGGCUGAACCUGAGGCUCUUAUUUACUUGAUGGAUGUAAUCUGCUGCUUCUCUUUUCAGGUGCCAACAAAGUGUUGGAGCUUAAAAUACAGCGAUAGCCGGAAUAAAGGGCCCUUUGCCCUUGACACCAUCAGUGUUGUGCAACACGGCUAAUUAGGCCAUUUUGCUGUUGCCACAUCUCACCAUAAAGUCCUGACAUUGUUAUCAAAUUCCUGGACACUCCCUGUACGGGGGGGUGCAGCUGGGUGCCAGGAGCCCUUACUAUCCAGCAGUUACAAACAGCCUCUGAAGACAGCACUGAGCUGCACCAUCCUAGAGAGAAACCUUUCCCUUACAAAAUAUGUGUGUCCUACAGUAUUGCUACAGGACUUUCCCCCAACAGUGCACUAACACGAGGGAAAGACGUAGCAGGCUUGGCCACUGUUACACAACCCUGCUAUAUUUUAUCAAUGUUCCUUCCCAGUUGUUGGCCAAUAUCUUUUCCAAAUCCGUCUGGGUUUCUCAUGCAUCCUAAUCAAUGUUUGCUGUUUCUUACUUAAAUGUUGUUUUUCCUUGUUCAGCAUGGCUUAGACAGGGAUGAUUCUGCCGUGAGCAGGGGAUAGAUGACUUCCCGAGGUCCCUUCCAGCUUUCCUUUUCUGUGAUUCUGUGCUUUCCGUGCUGACAUUUUUCUUUUCCUUUUAGCAGACCAGGGACCUAAUCCCACUUCCAUUAAAAUCCAAAAUCUCUGAUUUUAAUGGGAGUUUGAUCCAGGCCUCAACUCAUUCCAGCUUCAGGAUGACCUUGGUUUUCAUUGCACAUAUUAUUUCAGCUCCGUCUUGCGCGCUGGACACUCGUGUGACGUUUUUGCUGCCUUUAAUAUUAUAUUUAAUUUAAAGAAGUGUACUUAAUGUUGUAGCAAACCCUGUAUUAUGUGAGAUUGUACAUAUGUUGUUGUGCAAGGUCUGGAGCACCUUCUUAGAGAGAGGAAGAAUGUGAAUUUUAUACAUUGACUGAUUGCAUUUCUCCUGUGCUAAGAUCUUCUGGGGUCAUAAAUGACGUUUGUGUGUGUUCAUCAUAGUUGACGAACUGCUUUCUAAUUUCCGCGUUACUUCCCCGUUGGAAAGAGAAUGGAGCCCCCCACUUUUGAAGGGGGGUGUCUAGCAUAUUAUGUCUAUUUUGGGAGUUUCAAUGAGCCAUUGUAUAGCAUAUUUAUUUUUUUGUGUUUCUGAAUCUGCUGAGGCUCAACUAAGGGACAAAGAUAUGUACAGAUGGUGGGGGAGGGUGGGGAGGAGGGACAAAAACAGCAGAACAAAAAGUCAAAAAAAUAUUUAUUUAUUUAGCAGAAAUAAAUGUCUCAACCCAGUUUAGGAUUUGGUUUUUCUGUUGGAAGAACUGACUUGUAAUGAGUGGGCAGUACCUUUCCUAUGUGUUGAUUUGGGGUCUAUGUUGGGAAUACCUCUAUGGGGGGAGAAUGAGAGGUGUUGGCCUUACAGUCUUCAGAAGCAAUAUGCAAGUGAUCCGAUCCUUAUUUUGUCAAGACUUUCAUUGAAAUCAAUGGGUUUUUUUGCCUGUGUAAUCACUGCGAGGUGUAGUCCUGUGAUCUGGAUACAACCACCUGUUAUGGAAAAGUCCCAUGGAAUAUAAAAGAAAAGGGUAACUUUUCUUUCGGGGGGUCCAGUAGAAGUUGAUUGAAAAUUCCUUCUCUUCAGUAGACACAGAAGAACUGACUUGCAGGAAGGAUAUUUUUCCUUGUUAAAUUAUUUAGUUUAUCAGUGAAAUUCGGUGGAAAUCACCUGGUUUCGUCCCUCUACGUUUCCAUAGGCCUUUUCCAAAUAAGAAAGCAAACCAGAUGCACCAUCUUGGGAACAGCUUCCGAACUGCAAUGGUGACAUUCGUCUGCAGGGAAGUCUGUUCGAAAAGGCAUCAUUUCUUUGUGUUUCUGUUAUUAAUCUGAAUGUACAAACAGUAGAGCUGCUUUAGGGCUUUCAUUGUUCUGGAUUUCCCUUCGCAUAUUUCUGAAUGUUAGCUUCUGAGUUGUGGGUUUUUUUUCAUUAAUUUUACAAACCAGUGUUAUUUAAAGGUGUAUCAUAUUUGCAACCUCCACUAAUUACACAGUACUGUAGUAGGAAAGUAUAAUUUUUAAGGAUUGGAUUAUUUUUAUACCUGCAUCCAAUAUAAUUAAAUCUGGCGUUCUAGUCAGUAUCAUAAAAAAGAUACAAUAAAACUAUUAAUAUUA